GCGGGUUGCGUACGCGUAGUUGUUAGAUCAGUCUGUCGCGACUUAGCGCGAUGCGUAAAGAAACUUGGAGAAAUUUCAACGCGUAGGAAGGUUCUGCUUGUUUUAGGAAGUUAUUUCCAGAACUAUCAAUUAGUUUUACGAAAAGCUGGAUGAUUAGGUAUCUCAGAUAUGUAGAAGCCAAAGUGAAAAUGUGAUUCAAACGAAAAUAUUCAAAAAGAAAGUUGAAACCCGAUUAAGCUGUUGCUAACUUAAGUGACCCAUUUUCCGGUGCAAGUUAAUUCCUCUCUAGAAGUGAAGAAACAAAUUUGAGAAGAGAAAACUUCAUGCUUCAAUAACAAAGAGGGAAGAAAGCGCAAUUAGGCCAACCAGAAAGCGGGUGUAACUCAUAACUGAUUGUUGUUGUGGUGAUUGAUGAUGGCCUCUCCUUAGGGAAGAAGUUGGUUGAAGUCUCAACGAUUGCAUCCAGAAGUGACCGAAGCAAGGGUAAUUUUUUCUUGCCUCUCUACCAAAGAAAGGUGUAGGUUAAGGUCGUUGCACCGGUAGAGAUCGCGAAGCACGGCGCGGCCUUUUCGUGACCGACAACCGACGACCACCACGUGCGUUCACCAUUGAUGCGGUUCAAUGACGUCAUCAAUGCAACGGAGCGCCGAAAAGCAUUGCAAUUCGAGACUGGCUGUUGUUGAAAAACGAAACCCACACCUGGAAAGGUGGUAGGUAGUAAACAAACCGCUGAGAAAACCUAAAUCUAGCAAGAAGAGAGCGUCGUCUGCCGUCUCUUGGCUCUUUUUUGAAUCUAGUAUCCGAUAGAUAAGAAACCGGUACCAUGAGCGAGCUGGUGGGAGCUGCCUUUGGCUCAGUCGCUACGGCGGCCUCAAGCGUCGGCUGGUUUGUGCCCAUGCUGGUGGCGGCGAUUGCGUAUUUCCAGUACGAAGAAUUCAUGGACCCGGAGGCCCGAGUGAUCGACGUCCCCACAGAUUCGAUGCUAGAUAAAUAUGACUUCAUAAUAGUGGGAGCUGGUUCGGCCGGGGCAGUUUUGGCGAACCGGCUAACUGAGGUGGAAAACUGGAAUGUUUUAUUGCUUGAAGCCGGAGGAGACGAGACGGAAAUAUCUGAGGUUCCGCUGAUGGCGGGAUAUCUGCAGCUGAGCAAGUUGGACUGGAAAUAUAAAACAGAACCAUCGGGAAAAUAUUGUUUAGCGAUGAUUGGAGGUCGAUGUAAUUGGCCCCGAGGAAAAGUCCUUGGCGGAUCAAGUGUUCUGAACUACAUGCUUUACUUGAGAGGCAACAAGAAAGAUUAUGACAACUGGGAAGCGAUGGGAAACACCGGCUGGAGCUAUAAAGACGCACUGUACUACUUCAAAAAAUCUGAAGAUAAUACCAAUCCGUAUCUGGCCAAUACGCCUUACCACUCGACUGGUGGCUACUUGACGGUUGGAGAAGCACCUUAUCACACACCUUUGGCGGCGGCCUUUGUUGAAGCUGGCGUAGAAAUGGGUUACGACAAUCGAGAUCUCAAUGGAGCUAAACAAACCGGCUUCAUGAUUGCCCAAGGGACAAUUCGACGAGGUGGAAGAUGUAGUACCAACAAAGGUUUCCUCAGACCGGCAAGAUUGCGACCUAAUCUGCAUGUUGCCAUGUUCUCUCAUGUAACAAGAGUACUUAUUGAUCCCGUUUCUAAAAUCGCCUUCGGAGUAGAAUUCAUCCGAGACAGGAAAAUUCACGUUGUUCGAGCUUCGAAAGAGGUCAUCCUCUCUGGUGGAUCCGUCAAUUCACCUCAAAUUUUAAUGCUCUCUGGAAUUGGACCAAAAAGUGAAUUGGCCAAACAUAAAAUACCUCUCAUCAAAGACUUAGCAGUUGGCGAGAACAUGCAAGAUCACGUCGCUCUCGGUGGUCUAACAUUUAUGGUCAACCAACCCGUAUCUAUAGUUGAGAAUCGAUUCCACUCCAUGUCGACGGUACUGCAGUAUGCAGUUCUUGGUCAAGGGCCACUAACCAUUUUAGGCGGCGUCGAAGGAUUAGCCUUCGUUAGCACCAAGUACGUAAACGCGACAGACGACUAUCCGGACAUAGAAUUUCAUUUCGUGUCGGGUUCAACCAACUCUGACGGUGGCAACCAGCUGAGAAAGGCACAUGGCUUAACCGAUUCGUUCUACAACGCCGUGUUCUCUCCAAUCAACAACUUGGAUUCUUGGAGUAUCAUACCCAUGCUUUUAAGACCCAAAAGCCUCGGCCAGAUAAAACUUCGAAGCAAUAAUCCCUUGGACUACCCGUACAUCUAUCCCAACUACUUCAACGAUGACAUUGAUAUGAAAACCUUGAUCGAGGGAGUAAAAAUUGCGUACGCAGUUUCGAGAACUCAAACAAUGCAGAAAUACAAAUCUACCUUGAGUGCGUUCAAGUUUCCGGGCUGUUCGCAUAUAAAGAUGUUCACGGAUCUAUACUGGGAGUGCAUGAUAAGACAUUACACGUGCACGAUCUACCAUCCAGUGGGGACCUGUAAAAUGGGACCCUACUGGGAUAAGAGCGCGGUAGUUGAUCCUCAGCUGCGUGUUUACGGACUCCGAGGUUUGCGGGUCAUAGAUGCGAGCAUAAUGCCGAAACUGGUCAGUGCCAACACCAAUGCCCCGGUGAUAAUGAUUGCCGAGAAGGGUGCGGACAUGAUAAAGGACUUCUGGAUCAAACGGAGCGUUGUGUAGGCUUAGAUUAGUAAUUGAACCAAAUUUGUAGAGUAGCUUUGAGUAGCGUUGCUUCGCUUGUUGUACAUAUCUAAAUUUAUUUAUUAAACUUAAAUCAGAUGGAAGGAAACAAUGUGUCAUGAACUAGGCUUAAGGAGCUAAACUAUAUUUAAUGUAACAUUAUGUUAACGUACUUGUGAUCAGUCCUAUAUGCUAAAGUAAAAUAAAAUAUUUAAGGAGGGAGUCUGACUUUUGGAUCUCCAACGAAAGAAAAAGAAAACCUUUAA